GAAUGGGCGUGGCUUGAGAAGGAUGGGCCUAGUCGCGGUCGCGGUUUCCUGUCAGUUUCGUCGAAGGCGAAGGGGAAGAUUUGUUCAAUCUGCAACGGAGCCAUUCUCUUCACAUGAUGCAGAAAAGGGAGAUGGCCACUCGCUGCAAGAGAUUACUAGUGAUGCUGCUUGCUUUUCAAGGCCUCCUAACGGCAAGUGCAUACAACGAGGACGAAGAGAUACCUGAAGAAUGGCUUCUCUUGCAUGUGGUUCGCGGUCCGAUAGGUGCUGGAAACUACAGCUACUUAAGACUCAACCACGAAGGGAAGAUAGUGCUUCACAUGCAGAGCCUGAAAGGAGACGCAGAUUUGUACGUCUCUGACGUGACCCUUCACCCCAGUUUUGACAACUAUGAAUUGCAGUCUGUAACUUGUGGCCAGGACAUGGUUUAUAUACCUGCGCACUUUCACCGCCCGGUGGGAAUAGGGAUUUAUGGUCACCCUUCUCACCGGGAGAGUGAAUUUGAAAUGAAGGUUUUCUAUGAUCCAACGGUUGUCGAAUCUCCCUUUGGAGGUGGCUCCUAUAAUCCGGAAGAGAUGGACACAAGCCAGAAGCAUCGCCGUUCAACAGAAGAUGACUCUCAGGAUGAAGAAUCGGUCUUCUGGACUAUACUGAUUGGAAUACUCAAGCUAAUACUUGAAAUUCUCUUUUAGAUUUAUAGGUAGGCAACUGCUCUCUUGAGUACAAUUGAACAAAGACUGGUCUUUGAGGAUUCGUACUAACUGUGGGGCCGGGGGAAUAAAGCCAUAAUUAAUUUUAUAUUGUAAUUAACCCACAGAGCUACAUACGCCGCAGCAUUGCAGUAUUUUUACAGCGUCCCCUUAACUGAUCAGGGUUAAAAACAAAUAGUAUAAUGACUUUGAAUAAAAAUUAUUUUCUAUAUAAAGGUUUUCAGAACUUUAGAAAUACAAAUCUGCAUCCAGUAUUUCACUACAUUUUGAUUAUAAAGGCUGUAUAAUUUUUCUUUCAUAAAAGAGUGGAAUAGGACUCAGUUCAUUUUAAACGUUUUUGGAAUGUGAACUGAGUUACAUAUCUUGGCUGUUAGUCCCAAAUAGAGUAGACGAAAUGAAUCAAUUAUGGAACAGUGAGUCAGAAUACGGGUAAAACAUAUUGACUGAAUGACUCUAUUCCAAUAGUAGGCCACAACUGCAAUAUACCACUACUGUUACUUGUUUAUAACUCCUGGGUGGCAGAUAGGCAUGUAUCUAGUCUGCAUGCAUAAUCUGGCAAAGGAAAAACAAGAGUUGAAAAGGAUCUCAAGUCAUCUCAGCCAACCACUGCAGCCAUCCACAGCUAAAGCCUCCUUAAACAGACAUUUAAACCUUGUUUACAAGCCUCCGAUAAAAAAGAGCUCACUACUACCAGGGUGGUUUGCUCCAUUGGCAAACAGCUGUAGUUGUUUCUUUUCUAGAAUUAAGCAUUUAUCCCCAAGCACAUUAACAGCUGGACUUGACAGAUCUAAUUACUGUAUCAUGUUUAAUUCAGCCGGAAAGAGGUAGCUUGUGCAAGAGGAGGAAUAUGGUCUGAAGAUGACGGGCUUUUCUGCCGAAGAACACAAGUGGCUGCUAUGCAAUAUACCUGCUGUGCAGCUUUUUUAAAAUACAAAAGUGACUGCUGCGUAGCUCUGAAUCCUUUUAACAAAUUCCCUGCUGACAGAUAAGAGAGACUAUUUCUCCUCUGUCUGGGACUGCCAUUUGCAAAGCAAAGCUGUGAAGAGAACGUACCCAAUAAUCGUCCCCACUGUACUGAAAUUAAAAACUUUAUUUUGUGAA